GUCUCGAUCGCUGUGUGGGUAGCAUCGUUCCUCAAGCGCCGGUUUGUUUUGUAUUCUCGUUAGCUUAGUAUGUAUUUAAAUAUGAGUGUCAACAAUUGUUUAAAAAGUUUGAUAAUUGAUUAAAAGCGCCGACAAAAUGAUGCGUGUACUCAAAGUGCUAUUUUUAAUUUCUUAUUCAUUCUGUUUUCAAGAUGAAAUCAUAGAAUCUGAAGAUGAUAUACCACCUCAUGGUAAAUGCCAACCUAUAACAGUACCAUUUUGUAUAGGUAUAGCUUAUAAUGAAACAAUAUUACCGAAUAUGUUGGGUCAUCAGAACCUACAGGAAGCUGGCAUGGAAAUUCAUCAGUACUUCCCUUUGGUUAAGAUUGAUUGUAGUCCGGAUUUGCAGUUUUUUUUAUGUUCAGUAUAUGUUCCUGUUUGCACUAUAUUGGACCGCUAUUUACCACCAUGUAAAUCAUUGUGUAUAUCGGCUAGGAACGGUUGUGAAGGUGUAAUGCAAAGUUUCGGUGUCCAGUGGCCGGAUUUUUUAAACUGCGAUAACUUUCCAGAACCCGAUGAACUUUGUGUCGGUCAAAAUAAAUUAACAGUAACUCCUCAUCCUACGAGUGACGAUGUUUCUAAACAUCCAGUGACGAAAAAGUGGUCUCCAUAUCAUGGUAAAAAUUAUGGUUUUGUGUGUCCUGAACAAUUUAAAGUACCCGAUGUUUUGGAAUACUCUUUUAAAGUUGGCGCGAAAGUUGAAAAAAAUUGUGGAGCUCCUUGUCAUUUGAUGUUUUUUGAAAACAGAAAAAACUUUUCAAAAAUAUGGAUAGGAACAUGGGCUAUAUUAUGCUCAGUGAGUUGCUUAUUUACAGUGUGUACUUUUCUCAUCGAUACCAGUAGAUUUCGUUAUCCAGAAAGACCAAUUAUUUUCCUAUCUGUUUGUUACAUGAUGGUCGCAAUAGCCUAUGUUAUAGGCUUCAUCGCUGGGGAUACGAUAGCCUGUAGAGAAGCAUAUCCGAGUAAACAUGGUAUAGUAACGGAAAGUACCAUCACUCAAGGAACCAAGUAUGAAUUGUGCACCAUACUGUUUAUGGUACUUUACUUCUUUAGUAUGGCUUCUAGUAUUUGGUGGGUGGUGUUGACUUUAACGUGGUUUUUGGCAGCCGUACUUAAAUGGGGACAUGAAGCGAUUGAAGCUAAUUCGCAAUAUUUUCAUUUAGCGGCUUGGGCCAUUCCUGCCAUUAAAACAAUCAGCAUUUUAGCCACUGGGAAAGUUGACGGUAAGUUCAAUAAUAAUGAAGUUAGAGUACUUUAAUUCUAUUGAAAAUUCAAACAAGUGAUUUUGUCCUAACAUUACUGUUCGAGGCCCAUGGCAAAUUAAUCUGAUGGGGCCCUUUCCCUCGCAAUAUAAAGAAUAUAAUAAAUACUACAUAAAGGAGAUGUAUAAAACGCUUUUAAAAAUAAUGAAUUUCACUAAAUGUUCUAAUAAUAAAAUUUCUCCUUCGGGUUGGGGGCCUCUUCCGGCUGGGGGUCCGUGGCAUUCAGCCCGUCCUGCCAACAUUGUUACGCUACUGCCCCUUAGUAAAAAUAUGAUAAUACAACUAACACAUUCUGUUGCAUAAUCUUAUCAUUGGAUAAAUCUAAUAGACCCGUUAAGUUGGGUCUAUUGGGUGGUGGAGUAAGAUAUAACGUGAUAAUUUACGUUUCAUUAGGAAAAUCUUACUUACCAUGAGGUUAUUGGUUUUGUAGCUACUAUUUGUAAAUGAUGGGAUGUUUCACUCAGCUCAUUUAUUGAUUACACAUAUCUAAAACCAAUUACUUGAUACAACGUAAAAUUAAGGCGUGGGGUAAUAAAUCCUCACUUAUAGUCAAUAAAAUAAAAUAAAGAAUCGAAUCAACUUUCAUAAACAUACAUGUAUAGUUGGAAAAAACCAUUUUUUACAAAUACAAAAUAUUGAAAUCUAUCAAUAAAUAGUUUUUUGUUAUACUACGAGUAUAAAUAGUAAUUUCGUUAAUAUUAUAAUCUGUUUCCUGGACUAUCAAAGAUACAGAUCAGAUGAAUCUUUUCCGAUUGAAACAUGCUUUUUUUUUUCUUCAAAUACAAUACAAUUUAUGCCUUGUUCGAUACUUAGUUUUCAAAUAUUUGUGCUUUUUGAUAAAAGCAAAGGGAGGUCUGAAUCUGUAAGACACCAGAUUUUUUUACGAAAAAAUAAUAUGAAAAAUUAACCAAAAUGUGAUUCCAUUGGCCAAAUGACAUGAAUAGACACGUAAAUAGACAUCCAUCAACAUGAAAUAACUAUAGACGUCAAUUGGUUCCAAUGAACGUGAAUUCAUGUCAUUUUUCAAGGGCGUCGCCAGCUUAUGACUAGAGGGGGAGCAACGGGGCAAUAUUAUGCAGGAUAAAAAAUAUGAACGCCUGGUACAGUCGAG